GCAUGUCUCUCUCUCUGCGUAAACGGAGACUGUGGCUGAAUGGAGAGAGCGCACGGAGAGGAGAGGAGAGGAGAGGAGAGAAAACAGCAGCGCGGCUGACACAACAGACCAGUAAUUUCUUCCACCUCACUUUCAACCGGCUGCAGCUUUACUCACAGACCCUGGAACUAUAUCAGCUUUACAUCCACACCUGGCUUCGGACUUCAUCAGUAGAUCUUGUGCUGGAGAAGCGGAGGGGGAUCCUUAUUUCCCCUCACCACCUCCACAUUGGACGGAGGAGUUGUGUGUGUUUGUGCGCGAUCCGCCGUGUCUCCUCUGUAAUGGACAAAAGUGGACCGAGGAGAGAAGUACUACGGAGGGGUUCGAGUCUGCUGAGAAUGUUCGCCACGCCGGGGAUCCUAGUUCUCUUGGUGCUUACACGCGCAGGAGUCGCUCAGGUGAGGGAUGAGGACGAUUUUCUGAGCCUAAGUGAACUCCCUGAAACCUUCCCCUCUGACCCUCCAGAGCCCUUACCUCACUUCUUGUUCGAACCUGAGGAAGGCUACAUCGUCAAGAAUAAGCCCGUCAAUCUGUACUGCAAAGCGACACCUGCCACACAGAUUUAUUUUAAAUGCAACAGUGAGUGGGUUCAUCAGAAAGACCACACAGUGGAGGAGAGAGUUGACGAAAAUUCAGGUCUAGUUGUAAGAGAAGCCAGUAUAGAAAUAACACGGCAGCAAGUGGAGGAGCUAUUUGGUCCAGAAGAUUAUUGGUGUCAGUGUGUGGCCUGGAGCUCUGCCGGAACCACCAAAAGCCGCAAGGCACAUGUACGCAUUGCAUACUUGAAGAAGUCAUUCGAACAAGAACCCCUUGGAAAAGAAGUGUCACUGGAGCAGGAAGUGCUGCUACAGUGUCGUCCUCCGGAGGGCAUACCAGCUGCUGAGGUGGAGUGGUUAAAGAAUGAAGAGAUAAUCGACCCAGCAGAGGACAGAAAUUUUUAUAUCACCAUUGACCACAACCUGAUCAUUAAACAAGCACGUCUGUCUGACACAGCCAACUAUACAUGUGUAGCUAAGAACAUUGUGGCCAAAAGAAGAAGUACUACAGCCACUGUUAUUGUGUAUGUAAACGGAGGCUGGUCGACAUGGACAGAAUGGUCCCCUUGUAAUAGCCGCUGUGGACGAGGCUUCCAGAAACGAACCAGAAGCUGCACUAACCCUGCUCCUCUUAAUGGAGGAUUGCCUUGUGAUGGACAGGGCAUACAGAAGUUACCCUGCACCACACUGUGCACAGUGGAUGGAGUGUGGACAGACUGGAGUAAGUGGUCAGCCUGUGGGACAGAGUGCACUCAGUACAGGAGGAGAGAGUGCAACAACCCUGCCCCUAAAAAUGGUGGAAAGAACUGUGAGGGUCUGGUGCUCCAGUCUCAGAACUGUACUGAUGGACUCUGUAUGCAAAGUUCAUUGUUUCAGAAGUCCACUGAGCCCAAAGAGCAGAGUGCUUUGGGAGAUCCAUCUGCCCCGAGUUCGGAUGACGUGGCUCUCUACGUGGGCAUUGUCAUCGCUGUGAUCAUGUGCCUGUUCAUCUCUGCCAUUGUGGCACUCUUUGUAUAUCGCAAGACACACCGGGACUUUGACUCCGACAUCAUUGACUCCUCAGCUCUUAAUGGAGGCUUCCAGUCUGUGAAUAUAAAAACAGCCAGAUCAGCUGAUCUACUGACUGCACCUCCUGACCUGACAAAUGCAGCUGCUAUGUAUCGUGGCCCAGUUUAUGCCCUUCAUGAUGUGUCUGAUAAAAUUCCAAUGACCAACUCCCCCCUCCUGGAGCCUCUACCUAACUUGAAGAUCAAAGUCUAUAACUCAUCAGGUCUGGUCACACCACCAGAUGACCUCGGUGGGGACUUCACUUCAAAAUUGUCUCCUAAGGUUACACAGUCUCUUUUGGACAACAGUGACACCCUGAACCUUCGCAGCCAGAGUUUAGCCCGGACUAGAGAUCCCUCCUGCACUGCCCAUGGAUCCUUCAAUAGUCAGGGAGGACACCUCAUCGUACCCAAUUCAGGUGUGAGCUUGUUGGUGCCAGCAGGUGCCGUCCCACAGGGUAGAGUGUAUGAGAUGCAUGUCACUGUGCACAGAAUGGACAACUUAAGACCCCCUGUUGAAGACAUUCAGACAGUUCUCAGCCCAGUGGUGAGUUGUGGACCUCCAGGUGUCCUGCUGACCAGACCAGUGAUCCUCACCAUCCACCACUGUGCAGACAAUGUCCAUGAGGACUGGCUCAUACAGCUCAAGAAUCAGUUGCCCAUGGGAGAAUGGGAGGAUGUUGUUGUGGUGGGAGAGGAAAACUUUACUACCCCCUGCUAUGUGCAGAUGGACUCAGAGGCUUGUCACAUUUUGACAGAGACACUGGGCACGUACUGCCUGGUGGGCCAGUCAAUGUGCAAAGCGGCCGCUAAAAGGCUCAAACUGGCUGUUUUCGGGCCUGUCUCCUGUACAACUGUGGACUAUCACAUCAGGAUUUAUUGUUUGGAUGACACUCAGGAUGCACUUAAGGAGGUUCUUCAAAUGGAGACCCAAAUGGGAGGGAAGCUACUGGAUGAGCCAAAGACUCUGAACUUCAAAGACAGCACACAUAAUUUGAGACUGUCGAUUCAUGAUGUGCCACAUGCACAGUGGAAAAGUAAACUUAUCGCAAAAUAUCAGGAGAUACCUUUCUACCAAGUAUGGAGUGGCUGUCAGAGAACUCUUCACUGUACCUUCACUUUGGAGAGACUGAGCUCAGCCACCACAGAGGUCAGCUGCAAGCUGUGUGUGCGGCAGGUAGAGGGAGAAGGGCAAAUCUUUCAGAUCAGCAGCACAUUAGAGGAGGAAGUCCAGUGCAUAGACACGUCCCUGAUGGAUCCUGCCAGUAAUAUCACAACCUUAAUGGGGCCUAAUGCCUUCCGUAUUCCUUUAUCCAUCAGACACAAGUUGUGUGGCAGUUUGGAUGCACCACAGACCAGAGGCAACGAUUGGAGGAUGCUGGCUCACAAACUCAACCUUGACAGAUAUCUGAACUAUUUUGCCACCAAGUCCAGUCCAACAGGUGUAAUUCUGGAUCUCUGGGAAGCCCAACAUUUCCCUGAUGGAGAUCUAAACGAACUGGCUGCUGUGCUGGAAGAAAUGGGCCGUCACGAUAACAACUUUGCCUCCUUGACAUCAGAACACUGACGGAGUUACAUUUUUGUAUGAAGACAAGCAAAACUCCAGAGAUAAUCACUUGUGGAACGUCUAUGGUUGGUACAGCAGAUUAACCAAUUAGACAAAGUCAAAGGAAAGCUGUCAGUAUGGUGAUUGAGUACUGUGUGAAUACCAUGGUAAUCAAGUGUACAUGGUAAAAGAAAUUGGUGCUCAAACCAGUGCUGAGUUUCUAUGUGUGAAUCCAGGAGUGAUAAAAAGGGAAUAAAGGAAAAAAUAAAAUUCUUGAACCACAGCAAUAUCUUCUUGCUGUUAUGACAACAGUCACAGAGAAAGUAACGAUGUGGAACAGAGAUAUUCACCUUGAAAUUAUCUAUAGAAAGGGAAGAUAAUUAUAAAGGAAGCAAAGGUAAACCAAUUACACAAGAGUAGGAAUGGAAGAUUAAAGAUAAACAAAAACACAGAUAGACUCUUUACAAAGAUAAGCGCAAACACAAAGAGCAGCUAAACUGAUUACAGAACAGAGGGAGGACAUCAACAUGAAGAGAUGGAAAAAGCAGGCAGGUGACCAUCUGGAUAAUAAGCAGAUAAUGAAGGCAGAGAUGAAGAAUGAGAGAUUAUUUUCUUGUUAGCCUUGACUAUGUGUUUGUCAGUACAGUUUCUUGUUUUUAUAUACUGUCUGGAAAAGGAGGCUCAGUGUAUCAAUCUGUCGAUAUGCGUGGCUUAUUUCCUGCUGCAGAUUUUCAGUCCUGACAAACAAAUCAUGAGACAACAGUUUUUUAAGUUUUUGGAUCUUUUUAGAAUUUUGUUUUACUGUUUUUGUAGAUGAAUUGGGACUAUAAAGUGUUUUUUUUUUUUAGAUUUAGUGAUUUUUAAAUUAUCUUGGUUGGAAAAGCAAAAGUGGCGAAUUAAAUAUUAGAUAACCCAAUCCAAAGAUUGUCCUUUAGUUAGGUGUGGGUAAAAAAAUCGCUAUCCUUAGCAGCGAGAAUCUGAUAAAAGAGGGAAAGAUUAGCACUGCUCCUGCAAUGUCCAGUUAUUAUGUUGUUGUUGUUUUGGUUUUUUUGCUGUUUAAUUUUCAAUCUAGCACAGAUUUUUUGGGCCAAUAAAAUUAAGUUCUUUUUAUGCUAUGUGCAUCAGUGAUGUCAAUUAUUUUUUUACUUUAAGCUAAAACAUUAUAUAUUGAAAACUUUCUGCCAGACUGUUCAGGCUUUUUUUUUUCUGGAGAAACAAGUGACAAGAGUAUUUUUGAAAUCCAGUUUAAACUGAAACCCAAUAUUAUGUGACAGUUUUUUUUUCCUUCCCAUCUUACAUAUAUCAGGAUAUCAGUAAAACUAUUUGACUUUGACUUUGUUGGUCAUGAGCACCAUCUAGUGGCCUUGGAAGAAUUACAGUGUUAAAAAAUAAAAAUCAAGUUCACGGUGUAAAUACAUGGUUGUGUUGUUCAUGGUAGUGACAUACAUGUCAUAAUAUUUGUUUGUUUAAAUAUUAAUAGUUGAAUGACAUUUUUGUCUCAGUUUUAUUGUAUCUUAUUUUUAACUGUGAGCAUCAUUUAGCAUUUCCCUGCUACCUGUAGGCAUCUUGCAAUCAAUCCAGCAUGAAUGUUUUGUUUGAAUUAUUAAAAUCCCCAAAACUAA